AUGGACAAGCAAAAGGUGCCCAGCGUCAUUGCGUACGACAAGUCUGGUCAGCCCGCCGCCUGGGGCUACGAGAUUCGGUACUCGCACACGCCGCUGAAGUGGCUCAAACUACUCCUCGUGGAGGAGGACGAACUUCCACCACACCUAUCCAGCUCGGCCGAAUAUAAGUCAUUGAAGAAGCAGGUUAAGGCGCUGCGCAAGAGUCCCGUAACUAUCAUCGGCGACUAUCUUCGGCUCCUCUGGGCUCACGCCUGGAGCCAGAUCAAGGUGUCUGAAGGGGAGUCGUUUGUGGAGGCCUGCAAACUCAAGAUCGUCGUUACCCUGCCUGCCAUUUGGUCCCCGUGCGCGCAGCAGCGCAUGCGCGAGGCACUCCAGGUGGCAGGAAUUGCUGGCCGCGCCGAUGACCACCACGUGUCCCUUGACUUUGUGUCGGAACCCGAGGCCGCUAUCCUCGCUUCACUAAAGAGCAUGGGAAGCCGUGAGGAUGUUGAGGACGGCGAUCACUUUGUUAUCUGCGAUGCAGGCGGAGGUACAGUUGACUUGAUCACAUACGUGAUUGAAAGUCAGGAUCCCCUUAUCGUCAAGGAGAGUGUCCGAGGCUCUGGACUGGUCUGCGGCUCCGUGCACCUUGACGAAGGCUUCGCGAAGCUCCUAAAGACUGUCGUGGGACGAGAUGUCUAUAAGAAAAUGCAAGGGCCUGGCUUACACGAAUUCAUGAACCUGCACUGGGAGAACGGUCUCAAGGUGCAGUAUUUCGGUCGCGAUACACCACCGUACCCUCUCACGCUGCCCUACUCGGGAUCAGAGAGCGAGGGCUUCCGCUCGCCUGAGAUUCAGAUCCAAGGGUAUGACCUUGAGCCAAUCUACACAAGAAUCUUCGAAAAGGUGGCCCGUCUCGUUCAGGGGCAGAUUAACAAGGUGGUCGAGGAGUACGACGAGACCCCCAAGUUCCUAAUUCUCGUGGGAGGAUUUGGCCAGAGCGAGUACCUUGGCAAAUGCCUGAAGGAUCAAGUUCGCGAUAUCCCUGAAUUCAUCCAGGACGCAGGCGAGCGGCCCUGGACUGCCGUCUGCCGGGGCGCCGUCGUCAAGGGCCUAGCCGAGUGCAGUGACUCGUCGGACCUCGCCAUCAUUGUCAACUCGCGCGUUGCUCGUGUCAACUGGGGCACGGUGACCAACAUCUCCCCCUUUGAGAACGACAUCCACGACCCCCGGGAUAGGGAAUGGUGCCCAGUAGAACAAGAGUGGCAGGCCAAGGAUCAGGUCAAGUGGUUCAUCACGAUUGGACAUCCUAUCGAGGCGGACCGCCCCAUCGUCCAUCCUUGCUGGCAAGCGCUAACCGGGGCGGAUGAGGAUAUCGUCACGGAAAUUGUGUAUUCCUACAAAAUGCUCGAGUUCAAGGACCCAAGGGCGGACGUGACGCGCCGUGAUAGCUCGGUGAAGACCCUAUGCGAGAUACGGUGGAAGAACCUGCUGGAGAAGUACCAGAAGCUGCCCGAGAUGCAGACGACGACGGGCCAAAGCUUCCGCAGGCUGGAGUACGAUGUGCACCUCACCACGCAAGGUGUCUCUCUGGACUUUAUCGUGUACCAUGAACAUGAGGUUAUGGGGCAGGGCAAUGUCUCUUUGAAUUUUGACGGCGUGGGGCUUGCGGUGAAGGAUGAGGAGGGGGCAUAG